AUGUUUAAGGAUUUACCUUAUACAGAUGAAUACAAUCAUCAAAUUCCUGUUAAAUUUUUACGACCAUCCUCUGAUGAUACUUUAGCCAAUAUACAACCCAAUGCAUCCUCUAAUAAUAAUACUUCAAAUAUAUCUAUAGAAACUCCACUAGUAUUUACUGAAGUAGCUACUGCUUAUUAUACCUCCUCGGGAGAAGCUGAUAUUCCUGAAUACUUACGUCCGUUUAUACCUGUUGAUGGUAAAGUUUAUUCUACCGAUCUCAAUAAUAAUAAAAAGAUUCUUCUUGAUGUGGGAAGUAAAGAAUGGCUCGCCGAGUUAUGUAGAAGAAGAGAAUCCGCUAAUGAAACAAACUCCCGUCAAGUCAAUUCACUCGGCAUUUCUGACAAGAAACUUGGAAAAACGUACUGA